GGACUGUGAGAGGGUUCGACGGAUAAGCUAUGCAAAGUGUCUUGGCGAAUGCUGAUUUUGUAUGGCUUGCUCGUUGGACCGCUCAUGGCUUAAUCUACUGGCAUCAGUGUGUGUGGUCACGCCCGUUGGGGUGUUUCUGGGGUUGUACUAGUACUAGCACUCGAGCGCUGGUAUUGUAUGGUGGCACAAGGAAGGGAGGAAGGGGAGGCGGUUAUCAUGGUAUGAUACACCGUUUUUUUGUCGAGGAGGCUUUUGUUUCAAUUAUCAUAAUUAAUGUGCUCGAGGGGAUGACGAUAUUGUAGCUACGAUACGGCACCGCAGCUGGCUUGAGUUAACUCCAACUCCUCCCCACCCCUACCUGUCCUAUCGUGUCAUACGGUGUGGCCCUAACCAUAGCCGCUGCUUCGGGGCCAAGGAUAGAUACCAAUUAAGGGUCCAAAGUAGCAGGGGAGCAAGCAGAAGGAGGGGUACGUCAGGUUAGGGGGAAUGCUUUUUCCACCGGAGGGAGAGAGAGAGAACUCGUUUGAUGCUGCCGUAUGGUAUGCUUCAUUCAAAUGGGUUGAACCGAGCAUCUUGGGCGGCUGCCAUUUGUUGCCUCUUCCCAGGUUGGAGUGUGGAUGCGGAGUGAGAAUGUUUAAAUGGAGAAUGCCCUG